CGCCCCAAUCAGCUGGGAAGCGUGAGCAUGUCAGACAUCCAGCAGUACCUGUUGGACUACGACCGGAACAAGAAUGAGGCCAGCGCAACUGCCCAAAAGAGCGCGACGCGCUUGAGUGAUGGCAGUCUGAAGCUCCUCACCCUCAUCCAAGAGCUUGGCGAAUACCUCAAUAGCGAAGAUGGAGCAACCAGGUCCAAAACCAUGGCUUUUCUUGCCGAAGUGCUUUCUCUGACUCCACCCAAAGUACUCACGUUACAGCAGAGAAAUCUCCUCUGCGAAUUCCUUCUCUCACGUACCGAGGAUGGUGAAGGCCUAGGUUCAUGCGCAAAAGCCCUGAUCGCUCUCGAGGAGCGUGGAAAGUGGGAUGCCGGCAAUGUCCAGAAGAUAAUAGAGACACUCCUUGCGAAUACCACUCCUCUUAGGCAGUAUAAACAGCAAAGCGAGCGAUAUCCCGUACUGCGCCUGGCGGACACUCUCAUGGCAAAAUACCGGGACGCACUAAGAUCUCUGCAUGAAUCAAACCCAGAUUUUCUAUCUCGGUUCAUUGCAUACUUCGAUGGCGAGAAAGACCCGCGCAACCUGAUGGUGGUAUUCUCCAUCCUGAAAGUACCAAUGACAGAGUGGUCUAUUGGCGCCGACGCUCAGGAUCUCUUCGAAGCUGUAUUCAAUUAUUUUCCCAUUACAUUCAGGCCACCUCCAGACGAUCCAUAUGGCAUCACCGCACAGGAUUUGAAAGACCGGCUACGCGAGUGCAUAUCUUCAUCUUCGGAAUUUGCGCCAUACGCGUUUCCUGCGCUUUUGGACAAACUCGACUCGACUCACAUGAACACCAAACGGGACGUGCUCCAAACAAUCACUUCGGCGGCUGCAGAAUAUGGCCCCCGGACCAUGUCAUUGUAUUCCAUCACUUUAUGGGAUACACUCAAAUUCGAGAUUCUAAAUGUACAAGAGGAGGACUUGGCCGAGGAAGCAUUGAGCGGACUGGCGACAAUAGCGAAGACACUUUCCCGAGGCACAGAUGGACCGCUGAAUGCCUAUCUGAGACCGAUCAUCAAGGAAUGCAAUGAACAUCUCGAGGAUGCACCUACCAAGCAAUCGCAAGCGGCUGCAAGAAUAUUACACAAGAUCGCCACGGUAUCGCCCAAUGUCAUAAAUACCCUUCUAGCGGGUGUGCUACCCAGAUUAUUCACGCUGUACCAAGCGGCCGAAACCAUGGCGAAGCGUAGAGGGCUUCUGGAGGUCUUUGUUCAAUUCAUCACAGCGGAUGUUGAAGUCUAUGGAGAUUGGCGGACCCCGGGUACGGCAGGGGAACAAUCGGCGAGCAACGCGCUGAUACAAUUUCGUGAGCAAGCUCUCGGGAUAUUGUUGAGUGGCCUGGAGACAGCACCUGUCAGUGGAGUAUCGUUCCGCCUCGUAUGUCUGGAUGGCCUCUUGCAAUUGUCCAAAGUCCGUGGGCUACUUACCGACGAGGAUAUCGGAAAAAUUAUUCAGCUACUUCACAACAUCGUGAUUCACGAGCAAUCAUUCGGAAAAGAUGAGACAAAGGAAGCCGCAGUAAAUGGACUUGUCGAGGUCGCUUACCAGAAGCCCCAGGUCGUCAUCGAGAAGGCGUUCCCUGCGUUCAUGGCCCAGCUUCCAGACACGGAUGCCAACGGGCCAAAGGAGUACUUGACUGUAUUAGAGGCAUUCGCGAAACUCGCCAACGAAGAGAAAGUCUUCGAUACUGUCAUGUUAAGACUGAAGAACAAAUUCUCGUCUGCCGUCUCGCAAAACGCUUCUUCGGCAUACAUUGUCGCGUUGUUAUCGGCCAUGCUCUACGCGCUCUCCAAGGGCGUGAGCAAACUAGAGCAGAGUCCACAAUCCUCGUCAUAUUAUCAAGAUAUUGCACUUCCGCUCCUAAAACGGACUUCCAGUACCGACUCAUCGCACCCAGAAGCAUUCGAUAACGAAACCACUCUCGACCUGGUCGGAAGAAUCUGCAAUAUGGUCAUCAAGUCACAGGCUGCUGACAAUCAACAAGCGAUUGCUGAACAGCUUUACGUUCUGUUCAGAGAUGAGCCUCAGUCUAAACUGCCACCGUUUGAUCUCACUGCACCUUCGGCAUCGAACAAGACUAUGAUCGUUUCCACCCACCUUCUUGCCUCUCUUCGUAGAGAAACCAGACUACCUUGUGAAAUCGAGCUCUUGAUCUCGUCCUUGGCCAACUAUACACAACAACCGAAUCUUUCACCACCGAUACGGUCUGCCUCGCUCCGCCAGCUGUCACUGAUCAUUAAUAAAUUCUACACUGCUUCGGAGUUGAAGACCUGUCUCGACCGCUUAAUAGGCGCACCGUUCGGACUCUUUGAGCCCGAGAAACUCGACCCCUUCAGGAUACGAAUCAUUUUCGCUUGCUUGAAGGGCAUUCUACUACGGAGCAGCCCUGUGUUAGCAAACCUAUACCCUUCACUGUUGAGUUUUCUUUCACAUCCAAAGUAUGGCACUAUGGUUGCCCAUGGCUUCAGCACCCUCCUGCAGCCGGAUGAUCUUCUAACAAAGGAGAAUCAUUGCCAAAUCUCAGGCCUGCAUAAGCAAAAAUCUUUUGCACUUCUCGUACCGGAAAUCACGCAAUCAUUCCGUCAAGCAAACCCGGAGACCAAGUCGAACUAUCUCAUAGCCCUCAGCGGGGUACUGAAAUGGAUGCCAUUCGAUAUUGUCAUGGAAGAGGUUGAUAAACUCGUGCUGCUUCUCCUUCAGAGCCUUGAUCUCAAAGGUGAAGACCUUGUUAAAGAAGCCGCUGUCGCGACAUUGACCUCUACUCUAUCGGAGAAGCCACAUGUUAUUGAGGAGCAUGUCGGAAGCCUGAUUACACGAUUACUGACCAACUCUAUUGCAAGUAGCGAAAGCUGCGAACCACCAAGAGUGCGAGCCGCUGCUUUGCGAUGUUUGACUCUGGUUCCAGACAAGUUGAAACUGGAGGUUGUCCUGCCAUACCGCAGACAGGUGUGCAGGAAGUUGACACCGGCACUGGAUGAUCGAAAGAGAGAUGUCCGGACUGCGGCGGUCAAGUGCCGUGCGCGAUGGCUAGAAGUGGACGAGGUGGACGACGACGACGAGUGAG